CGCAUGUUGAAGAUUUGUUCAAAGUCACCAGGUGAGACAGGAGAAAGUUACAGACAUGACCAUUGCCAGUAUCAGGUCUAGUAGCCGCAACGAUGUUUUAGAGCCGGGCAGCGGUAUUGCGAGGAAACGAGAAACGGAAGCAAGGAUAAUCUGCCCACGUGAUACGACAUGCACCAUCAGACCGACUCCACUCAAGCUCAGCUCAAAACUUGGGUGCGCGUCGCCGAAACCGGCGCCCAUAAGUCUAUACCACAAGCACUCAGGUAUACGGGAACAGAUUUAGACCACAUAUUUUGGUCCGGCGCCGUCAAACCGCGUGUGUACUGUUCUUCCAUAUCAAAAUGAAAAGACUCUCGCGAGUCUCGCCGCUGGCCGAUAUAUCGAUAGGAUUAUCGAGACUCGUGGUUCACUCAGCUUCACUGAGUAACUACUCUUGACGUUGGUAUCGUCGCAAUACCAAACCGUCGUUAUCCGCUACCGCAGAGAAGUGUGACCUUCCUUCCUCCCGUCUUGUUCGCAUAAUUAUAGUGAAUAAUAUUGGCCUACCUCACAGUUGAUUUACUGAAGACGUUACUGGAUGGCUCUGCCUCGGACACCUCAGACCGUCGCAUGGCUGACUAGGAACGACCAUUACGACUUUCACGGCAAACGGGAACAAUUUAAGUUGAAGGUUGGGCUUCUUCUCAAUGCCCGUUUUUGGAAUUAUCUGCUCACGUGCCUUGGUUUUACUCGGACCGAAUCCCGGGUUGAAGACGGAUCUAAAGACAUAAUGGCCCUACGGCCUGCCUACACCGUCAAACAAUGCGCACUUUCAUUCUUGAUCAAGACAAAACGAUCCCAUGCUCUUGCGUGUUGAUAGGAAUACCGUGAUUCGUGAUACGUUGAGUCAUGUCCGACGCUGACAACGAUAUCGUCCGCCGCCGCAGAGAACGUGUGACUUGACUUUUGGGUAGAGUCUUACACAGUGCAACUAAUAUUCGGCUUUCAGUGCUGUGCCUCCAGCUUUAUCCUCUGCCCGUCUUGCCACAAGGAUACUUUUUACUCAGUACUAGUAUUGCUCUGUCGCACAAUUGCUGUGCUUCCAGCCUUUCUUCCCAUCCAUUGUGUCCUGAGGAUACUGACUACUCAUAUUUUCCAGUUUCAAUUGAAGAAAUUGCGGAUAGCUGUGCCUUGUACACCUCAGAACCGUACAGGCCAGUCUCAUGAGCCUUGACGCUGAAGAGACGCUGUGUUCAGUUGAUGUUACAUGUUAUAUUGCUGAGCGUCUGCGGGACUUCGGGAGCGAGACCAUGCAAGAGCAACGCUUACC